AGUUUCGUGCAGAACUUGGGAAGGUCCCGGAAGUGUCCCAUGAUGACGUAUUUCCUGCUCAGAAAUAAUCAUUUGGAGUGAAGAGGCGGCGGGCGGCAGGCAAGCAGGAGUACUGCCGGAGUUUGUGGAGUUUCUCUCUGGAGUUUGGACCGAAUACGCAACGUUAACAAGCGAUCGACAACGACUAGCAGCAGCCCCAGGCACCAGAGGAUCCUGGCUGUGAGUUGUUUCCUGUAUCCAGUCCAGGCUUUUCUUCAUUGACUUUAGAAGGAAGAAGUCUGCAAUCAGGAGACUUACAGCUAUAAGGAAAGAUCAACCCUCAGAGUUCGUCAGUAUGGAGCGGUUGAAUCUGCUGCUAGGUUUCCUCCAGCUGGUUCUACAGUUGGGGACUGUCGUGCAGGGUCUCCACGUCUACAAUACAUUCUCUCCCUCCUCGCCAGACAUCGUCCUCAACCACCUGUCAGUGGACAACCAGACUGGCAGGGUUUACAUUGGAGCAGUGAACAAUUUGUACCAGUUAAACCGGCAGCUAAGCCUAGAGAAGACACAGUCCACAGGGCCGCGGUUAGACAGUGUGAACUGUCCUGGACCUGAGGAAGAGGGGGACAGCACAUGUACAGAUAGAGUAGAAACUCCCAACGUGAACAAGAUUCUGGCUAUUGACCAGCAGGGCGGUCACUUGAUUACUUGUGGCACGUUGUACCAGGGAAUCUGUCAAGUGAGGAGCUUGGGAGAUGUCACUCAGAUCUCCGUGGAAUACACCCCUGAUUUUUCUAGAUACGUUGCCACCAAUUCCCCCUCAAAUACCACAGUGGGGUUUGUGGCACCAGGAACACAGCCGUACGAGGAAAACGCGCUGUAUGUCGGAAGCACAUAUGGCGAACAUCAUGUCAUCAGGGAGAAUGUUCCGGCUGUUUCCAUACGGUCUUUAGAACCUUCUGACAUCUUCAAGGUCGUGAAUGAUGACAAAGCUAAGUUUAUGGUCAGAUCUGAGUCCAGGCAGCAGUAUUUGAUCAGCUAUGUUCACGGAUUUCGCAGUAAAAACCAUGCCUACUUUGCAACAUUUCAGAUGGAAAGAAUCCCAACACCUGGUGAUGAUCCACCUCCGUUCUGGUCAAAACUCAUUCGACUGUGCAUAGGAGAUGCCAACUUCUACUCCUACAUGGAGAUACCUUUGAAAUGCUUAGGGCAGAAUGGAACCAACUACAACCUUUUACAGGCCGUGUACGUCAGCAAGCCAGGACAGAAACUUGCACAGAACAUGGGCCUUCCAGAAGAUGAUGAGAUGCUUUUUGGUGUGUUUUCAGCCAGUAAAACUCCAUCUGGCAAAGAACCCCUGGAAAGCUCUGCCCUUUGUGUCUUCUCCAUGUCAGAAAUCGAUGCAGAAUUCAACAAAGUCCAGAAAGCCUGCUACACAGAAGAAGGCGGGGGUAUUGCUGAACCACUUGAUUUUGGUGGGGGUACUUGCCUCCAACAACGGGAGGAACUACUUGAACGAUUUCCAUGCGGCGCAGACUUUACCGCAAAACAGUUUGGAGGAACAGAAGCUCUGACCCGUACAGCUGUGGCAGAGUUCCCCACAACUGGACUGACGAGUGUCGCUGCUUCAACUGUCAACGGCUACACCACAGCCUUCCUGGGGACAACCAAUGGCAAACUGAUCAAGGUGUUGGUGUGGAAUGGAGAUGCUGCAAACCCGUAUGAGGAGAUAACCGUGGUCCAGGGAAGCAGGGUUCAGCAGGACAUGCAGUUUGAUGCCUUCAACCCACAGAACUUGUACGUCAUGACGGAGAACAAGGUGACGCUGGUGAAAGUGGCAGAGUGUGGACAGUACGACACGUGUGAGGCAUGUCAUGGUGCAGGGGAUCCCUACUGUGGAUGGUGCACACUGGAAAAUAAGUGUUCACAAAAGCAGGAGUGUAACGGCCAUAACGAGGUUAACCGCUGGCUAUCUGUAGACGUGGACAGGUGUAUCGAGAUCACCCAGAUCGAUCCACCUAACCUGGCACGGGAAGGACCCAGAACCAGCCUGACCUUGGAGGUGGUCCGCAUGCCCGAUGGUGGACAGAAAUACGACUGCUCGUUCCGCCACAACUCCGUCAGGUUCAGCAGCCCCGCCAACUUCGACAACAAUGGCAAGCUGGUGUGUGAGGGCACCCCUCCCCCCGCACAGAUCCCAUCCAUUCCUCCCGGGAGAGAUCACGUCACUGUUGACCUGUGGGUCAGAGUUCGGGAGACGGACCGCUACAUCGUCAAGGCGCAGUUCGACUUCUUUGACUGCAACGCUCUCAAAUCGUGUAACCCCUGUGUGACCAGUACAUACGACUGUAACUGGUGUGUGUCAGACAACAAGUGUACUCACAACAUUGCCGAUAACUGCCAGCCGGGUGGAACCACUGUUGCACACGGGCAAAGGAACUCCUGUCCGCGGAUUACACAACUCAUGAGCGAGGAACUUAUACCAGUGGGCCUACCCAAAGCUAUCAACAUGAGCGCAAGCAAUGUGCCGGACAAUGCUGAUGACUUCAGGUGCUCACUGCUCAUCCAGGGUGUGUAUGUUACAACAGAAGCGACAUACAGGGAUGGCAUCAUCUACUGUUCCCCAAUGCAGUAUACUUAUCGGGAGGAUGUGCAGGAGUUGGCCGUUGCAUUAGGUGCCAGUUGGGGGCGCAGCAACAUCAUUGAUAACCCUCUAGGCGAAACAGUGACGUUGUACAAGUGCUCGUCUCAGCGUACAGACUGUAGCCUGUGUGUGACGGCAGCUCCUCGCUACUCGUGCGGCUGGUGCGGGGACACGUGCACCGUGCGUCAGGUGUGCCAGAAUCGCGGUGGAACCUGGGAGCUGAUGAACUGUCCUGCACCCACCAUUACUGAUUUCUCCCCCAAGAGUGGUCCUGUGAAUGGUGGGACGAGUGUGACCAUCACAGGUGUGAACAUGGGACAGAGGUUUACUGACAUCAUGGCCGGUGUGACCAUCGCUGGGCAGUCCUGCAGACCAAUUGAAGACCAGUAUAGCAUCUCCAACAAGAUUGUGUGUAUUACAGGACAGGCUAUGACCACCACUAGCGGCACUGUUGAAGUACAGGUAGGGGGGAACUCCAACCAACGGGGACAGUCUUCAGACAUCUUCUACUAUAGGGACCCUAGAGUGACAGGUUUCAGUCCAGAGGUCGGGCCCCAGUCGGGAGGCACCAAGGUGCUCAUCAUGGGGGAACUGUUUGACACAGGCGGGGAAGUCACGGCCAGGAUUGGUCGCUCAGGAGACAACAUGUGGGCACCCUGUGUUGUUGACGAGUCCAGCAGGACUAACGUGUCUGUGAAGUGUCAGACAGGCCGUAUCGAUGCCACGGGCCGGUACACGCUCCAGGUCCUGUUUGACGGACAAUCGCGAGAUGCACCGGGAAAAUUCAACUACACAGACGACCCCACCGUCAUGGAAGUGUUCCCACUCAAGAGCUUCUCCAGUGGCGGGCGGCAGCUGACAGUUCGAGGCACCAACCUCAGGAUAGUCCAGAACGCAGGCAUCAGGGUGUCCACUUCUACAACAGCCAGGAGGAAGAGACAGGCUACUGAGGCCUCCAUGUCGUGUGACAUCCAGAGUGACAGCAUGAUGACGUGCCCCUCCCCUGACAUGGGAAACAGUACAGGAGACGUGGACUUGACCUUCCAGUUAGACAACGUACGGAUUAGUCUGGCCAACCUGCCGGGGUGUCAGGUGAACCCAGACAACUGCAAGUUUGUCUACGUGCCAAAUCCUGAGUACUUCAAAUUUGAGAACAACCCAAAGCUUCACACAGGGGGAAUCCUUGCCAUCGAGGGCAGGAAUCUUGACCAGGCAAGCUUCCAGGAUGAUGUCCAGGUGACCAUCGGAUCAGAGAUCUGUAACGUGACGUCCCUCGAUGAUGACACGCUGACCUGUGAACCUCCAGAGUCCCAGCCACCAGGACUGGACAGUGACGGGAAGACAUCCAAGGAGAUUCUCCCCAUUGUAGUGGUAAGAGUGGGUAACCUGAGGUUUGAGAUUGGUAAGCUGCAGUACCAGAUCCCACCAGCAGGGCUGGCGUUCUGGGCCAUCAUCCUCAUCGCCGCUGCCGGCGGCUUCCUGGUGCUCAUCAUCAUCGCCCUGCUCUUCAUCAUGAGGAGUAAGAAGAAGGAGGCCAACCGGAGGUACGAGAAGAUCAUGGUACAGAUGGACACGCUGGAGAGCAACGUCAGGAACGAGUGCAAGAAAGCUUUUGCAGAGCUGCAGACGGACAUGACAGACCUGACCUCUGACCUGGGUGGGACCGGCAUCCCGUUCCUGGACUACCGUACCUACAUGAUGAGGGUUCUGUUCCCGGGACAGGACAUGCACCCUGUGCUGAAGGAGACCAACGUGCGAGAGAGCCGGCGUGUGCAGUGGGAACAGGCCAUGAACCAGUUCUCAGCCCUGCUCAACAACAAACACUUCCUCCUCACCUUCAUCAGGAUCAUGGAGGAGAGUCGGGAGAGCUUCAGUAGCAGGGACAAGGUGAAUGUGGCAUCAUUACUGACAGUGGCUCUGCAUGGCAAGAUGGAGUACUAUACAGACAUUCUGAAGACUCUGCUGCUACAGAUGAUUGAGAAAAGUGUGGAAAGGAAUCCAAAACUCAUGCUCAGGAGGACAGAGAGUGUGGUGGACAAGAUGCUGACCAACUGGCUGUCAAUUUCACUGUAUCCCUUCCUCAAGGAGACAGCCGGCCAGCCGCUGUUCAUGCUGUACAAAGCCAUCAAGUACCAGGUGGAGAAAGGCCCUGUGGACGCCAUCCUGGGGUUUGCCAGGUACUCCAUCACCGAGGACAGGCUGCUGAGGGAACAGGUCGACCAUGAGGUCUUGACCCUGAAUGUGGUAUCAUUGCCUGGUGGUCCCAGUGGCCACAUGCCCUUCACGGUGAAGGCUCUGAGCUGUGACACCAUCACACAAGUCAAGGACAAGAUACUGGACAUGGCCUACAAGAACAUCCCCUACUCCACACGGCUGCAUGCUGAUGAGUGUGAGCUGGAAUGGAGACAUGGCAGGGCAGGGCAGCUCAUCCUGAGGGACACAGAUGUCACAUCAGAGACCAACCACAGGUGGAAGAAACUCAACACACUGGAGCACUACAAGGUGCCAGACAGCUGCAGUGUCGCCCUGCUGAGGAAACCAGAGCAGCAGAUGAAGCUGGACAGGACGUUUGGUAAGAACGCUGACAAAAACCUUGGUGUGAACCAGUCCCUGUCCUCCUCAUCCCUGGCACCAUUGAUGCAGGGAGACCCUGAAGAAGGCUGUCGUUACUGGCACCUGCAAGUGGAGGACUCUUGGGUGAAUGACAACUUUUCCAACCACCGUAAUCAUAAGGUGAAGGCACGGGAUGAACUGGAACGUUCCAACUCGGUGAAGAGGGACAGCAGGUUCCUGAAGGAGCAGCGCGCCAUUCCGGAGAUCUACCUCACCAGGCUGCUGGCUACCAAGGGAACCCUGCAGAAGUUUGUGGACGAUGCCUUCAGUGCCAUCCUGUGCACCAGCCCCGUCCCCCCCUCCAUCAAGUACUUCUUCGACCUGCUGGACCACGAGGCCAAGAAGCACGGCAUAGACGAUCCCGAGACUCUGCACAUCUGGAAGACAAACAGUGUGCCCUUGAGGUUCUGGGUGAACGUACUGAAGAACCCAGAGUUUGUGUUUGACAUCUUCAAGCUGGGCAUCGUGGACGCCUGCCUGUCCGUCAUCGCACAGACCUUCAUCGACUCCUGCUCAGCUGCCGAGCACAAACUGGGCAAGGACUCGCCCUCCAACAAGUUACUGUACGCGCGUGAGAUCCCGCAGUACAGACAGAAGGUCCAGACGUACUACAGGGAGGUUCAGCAGAUGACAGCCGUCAGCGACCAGGAGAUGAUCACCCUGCUGGUGGAGGAAACAAAAGACCACACCCAUGAGUUCAACACCCUGGCAGCUGUGAAUGAGCUGUAUGACUAUGCCAUGAAGUAUCAGGACCAGCUGCUGGAUGCACUAGAGGAGGACACCACCUGCCAGCGGAUGCAGCUGGCGCAUAAGUUUGAGAACAUCUCAGCCAACAUGGAGGGGGAGACAGACGUCUGAACACUACAGCAGAGAGCGAGGCUCAUCAGGUCCAACAUUCUCUGCUGCUCUCUAACUAACUUCUGUUGCACUCAUAGACAUGCUCCCGGCUAACUGGCUGAGUCAGCAAAUCUAUUCCAAAUGCCGACCAUUCCUGUACACUUAAAUAAUUCCAUUUACAGUACAUAUAUGAGUGACAGAUGUGUGAAAGUGUCAAAAUUCUGGCACAUAAAGGGCUAUAGGGUAUUGCAAUGGAUUGCAGGCGUAGUGGCGUCCUAUUUAACAGUUGAAUAGGUUACGAAUGUCGACAGACAGAACACUACCAUGAAGAGGACAAUCAAAAAAGACCCGGGCAUAAAUGCUAGUGCAAUAUUCAGGGCAGUUUUAGCCAGUAUAGCUCUGUUUGUAUUUUUGUGAAGGUCAUUCCAAGGUGACACAGGAUGGAUGCCAUUUUUUUACAGUGUGGAAACAAUUUGAUUGACAGUUGUCAACUAUACAGUAGUUUUACUGUGCCAUGUCACAAACAUCAUGUAAUAUUAGCCCCUCCCUUUCUUAUGGCAGUUAAGAACUGGGCAGCAUGACCGGCCUGGGACUCUAGGAGGGUUUUUCAUACCACAAGCCAAACAAGGAAAAUCUAAGUCCAGGUCUUCCAUCUAACCUCAUACGGAGCCUCUUGUAUCUUCUUUAUCCCUUUCAUUCCAGUGCUUUUAUUCCAAUAUCUCACUAUUUUGUAAGAAUGAAGGGCAGAACUGCAUGAGCCUGCGUAAGAUGUUGGGCCAGUGGAUCAUUCCAAUUUUCAAGAGGAUAAGAGUUCCAUAGCAGUUUGGCCAGUUUGGAUAGAUUUUUGUGAAAAUGUAACAUUGAAUCUUUAGUUGAGGACCAAAAGGCCAGAAGAAGAAAAAAAUAUCUAACAAUUUUGUUGAAAGUUAGAGGUAGGUGUAUAUACAGGAAUUUGGUACAUAGCCAGUUGCACAGAGCUACACCAAAGCAAUGCCUUGACUCGUCUCAUCAUGCACUUCAUAGCGAAGCUUUGUACACAGUUUGUGCACUUAUACAGCCAACCACUGAAUGCCUUACUAAGCUUAGUCGGUGCAAAGGGACUGCUUUUUUAUGUAUUUUAGACAGCAAAUAUGAGUAGUGUACUUGUGGAAGUGAGGUAGACACAUUGUGUAACUGUAACAUUUUCAUCCUUCAACACUCACUACAAGAUGUACAAUUCAAAUGUACAGCAUUGUAAUUCUUUACACUAUGAAAAAACAUCAUUAUCCAAUCAUAUUUUCUUCAUUAACUCUUACUAGACCAUCAAAUCAUUGUCAUAUAGUCUGUUGUAAUAUAUCCAUGAGUUGACCAGGUUACUUACGUUUAUGUAUUACGCAGUGAAACUAAUGUUGAAAAGUUGUAAGUCAUUAUGUUUACUGUCCUUGUAACUUCAUAUUUAUUUUUUUUCUGUGCCAGGGUGCAUUUUUGUGACCGUAAAUAACUUGCAGACCAAAUUGAAGUGCUUCCAUGAUUAAUAAAUAAGCCAUGAUUUUAUCUACAAUAUAUAGUAAUUACAUGUAUGCCAUGGUUAAUCUCAAUAUACAUGCCAAGUGUAGCUUUAGCUUGUAUACAUAGAAAAUUGUCAAGACUUUGAAGACUUCUGUAUAUGCCAUAUUCAGAAGACAACCAGCCCUUGCUAUCUUGCCAUAUGUUGAAAAAAUUUUGAAUUGCAGAGGAAAGGACAUAACCUAAAUGAUGUUCUCUUCUGAUUCCUGUUUGUACAUGUUGGUUCAAAAUUCAGAAGAGGCAAACAAAAAAUAAUAAUUAGUAUUUCAAAACAUAAUGUGCUGGUUUUCUUCUGAGGAUUAUUUUAGCAGUGGCAUUGUAUAACAAAAUUGGUCAACAUAUUAUCUUUAUAUGAUUGUGGGAAAAUUUGUACAUAUCUGUAAUAAUAUUAAUAACCUAUGCAUAUCAAGGUAAAUGAUUGUGUGCAAUAAGCAAUGUUUUUUAUUGGGAUCAAUGGUGAAAAAUAAAGCUGUUUAUAAGGGUGUAGAUUACUAAUAAGGGGAUGGUAGCUGUAACAGGUAGGUGCAUACAGAAACAUGAAACCACUCAUUUAUACUCCUAGACCGUAACAUUGCCUCUCCUUUUGCCAUACUACAUAAUCAACCUUGAUCAUGUAAAAAUGACAUAACCAAAUUUGUACUUGUAUCUACUGACUGUGUGAGCCAUACCAUUUCAUAGAGAGGGGUGUGCCAUGGCAACAUUCACCUCCAUACCAACAGAGCUGUAAGUACUCUGGUGAAAUUACAAGUGAGGAAAAAGAGUCUAUUUUUCUUAGUGGAACACCUUGAAAUGGGAGCUGACCUGGUAUCCAUCUGUACAUAUCAGCUGUAUCCUCAUACAUAGAAGACAUGUUUUGUCAUUAAGGAACUCUCUUGGUUUUAUAUUGGGUGAUACGUUUAAGCAUUACUCUCUUAAUCCAGACUUACGAUAUCUGUACCUUAAUGUGGUGAUAUCACUUGUAUGAAAUGAUAGGAGCAACAAUUUAAGGAUUGACGUGUUUGAAUGAUGUUUUUGUACUUCAGAUUUUGUACAUCUGUGUUAAGCAUACAUGCUUUCUUUUGCAAUGAUUUGUGCUUGACUUGAUCAAUAAACAGGGUUGUCCAACUCCUAUGCUUAUGAAAUUAUUGACAAAUUGGCACCCUGUGUUACAAGGUUUUCAAACAGAAAUAAAACCCUAACAAAGCUA